GCUAACUUGACAUGGAAGGCGUUCAACCGUCAUGCUGGCACCUGUGCGCGUUUGACAACAUUGCUUUCUGAACGUCUAUUUAACACCUUUAAUUUACAAAGCAUGGUGUCUAAUGGGGAAGAAGAUGACCCGUUCCCUGUUGACGACGGUCUUUUUGCGGAAACAUUUUCUCAGGAUACAGUUUACACUUUAUGCGGGCAGGAGUUGAAGAUAAGACAGGUCUUUGGUGCAAACCUCGGCGUGGCUGCCCCAGUUUGGGAGGCUGCGUUACAGCUGUGCUGUUACUUUGAGGAGCAGGCGGUGGAGCUGACAGGAAAGCGCAUCAUUGAGCUGGGAGCAGGUACCGGGGUGGUCGGCAUUGUAGCUGCACGCAUGGGUGCAACAGUGACUCUUACAGACCUUCCCUUGGCUCUCAAACAACUUCAGGCCAAUGUUUCUUUGAACAUGCCAUCCAGUGGUUGGCCCUCUGCUCUUCCUACUGUCCUGCCUCUGUCCUGGGGUGAGGACCAAAUGAAGUUCCCCUCUGACUGGGAUCUGGUGCUCUGUGCAGACAUUGUUUAUCUCCCAGAGACUUACCCACUGCUAGUUGAAACACUAGCUCAUUUGUGCAAGAGCGGAGGUCUUGUGUAUUUGUCAUCAAAAAUGCGGAAAGAGCAUGGGACUGACUGCUUUUAUGAGGAAUAUCUGCCGGAUGUAUUUAAUGUGGAGCUUGUACAGCGGGAUGAAAAACAAAACAUUAAUAUAUACAGGGCAUCUCCAAAGUCAGGGCAGUGGCACUGACUGUGCACUUGAUUUGUUUCUGUGAUGACAACGGUUUUGUCUCUGGUUAUGUGGGUGCAUUUUGAAGAGAAUGUAUACAGUUCAUGAAAGCAGACAUGAGUUUGCAAAUGCAUUGCUGUUGAUUAUAAACCACUAUCAAGAGAUUUGACUGCAAACUAAAACAGCUAGAUUUUUUAAAGUCUAGAUACAACUUUUAUUUCGUAAUGCUGGCACAACUUGUUAAGACCAUUUGCACACUUUUUUAAACACUAAAAGGGACUACCAGUUUUGACUCAAGUUUUAGUCAGUCAAAUUUUAGUCACUGUAACAAAGUGUGGUUUCAAGUCAGGUCAGAAUUUAAUAUAUACAGUUCAGAGAGGCACCAAUAAUGUAACUGUUUUUUUGUUUACUUUGCUGAUAAAAGCUUGAAUACAUAAAAUUGAAAAGCUAUUUAAGUUAUCUGUAAUAAGCUAUUUAUUUUUUCUCUUUAUGUCGCUAGAAAUAAAUGUUUUUAAGAGUACAAGUAGAAAGACAUUUGUCUUUGCUUUGUCUUUACUUGCCAUAGGCAGGCAAGUCUGGAAAAGAGGUGUGUGGACCUUUUUCUUCUGUGGUCUUUGGAUCCAGCACACAUUCAUUGAUCUGUGUUUUACUUGAUGUUACUAAUAAAGGUAAAGCCAAACUCAGAAGAUGAGCCACCUUCAAUCAAAUCUAGUCAGAUCACAGUCUUGAUAAAGUAAGAUAAUUUAGCGGAGUUGAUUAAAUUCCUGUUUAAAGUAAUAAGUCCAUAAAUACUGUAGGAUUUUUUCCCAACUUCAUGUUGACCUGGGUUGCUGCUUUAUUGAUCAUGAAUACGUAGUAGAAAAAAUAUUAUGUUUUGUAAAACAAACACACACCAGCUGGCAUGAUGCAGUAGGUAAUGGUGUAAAUACAAUCAUUAAAUAUGUCCGCAAAGUUUUCUGGGCCCAAAUGUUACUCUAAA